AAGAGAAGCAUCCAAAGUCGAAACUGAAAUAAAGAAGGCCGAAUAGCCGACUCUCUGACGUUCUCUCUCCCUCCUCUGCUUCGCCUCCCCCUUCCACAAUUCGAUUCCCUUCCCCACCACCAUGACGAGCUCCUCCUCUCCUUCCCGAAAGGCGCUGAGCAAGAUCGCUUGCAAUCGGCUGCAGAAGGAGCUCGCCGAGUGGCAGGUCAGCCCCCCCGCCGGGUUCAAGCACAAGGUCUCCGAUAACCUCCAAAGGUGGGUAAUUGAGGUCACCGGAGCGGCGGGCACCCUCUACGCCGGCGAGACAUACCAGUUGCAGGUCGACUUCCCCGAGCAUUAUCCCAUGGAGGCACCUCAGGUCAUUUUUCUCAAUCCGGCGCCGAUGCAUCCACACAUUUACAGCAACGGGCACAUCUGUUUAGAUAUAUUGUAUGACUCGUGGUCACCAGCGAUGACAGUGAGCUCCGUCUGUAUCAGUAUCCUGUCUAUGCUGUCUAGUUCGCCAGCAAAGCAACGUCCGGCGGACAAUGACCGCUAUGUUAGGAACUGCCGCAACGGGAGGUCGCCAAAGGAGACCAGAUGGUGGUUCCAUGAUGACAAGGUGUAAAGGACAUUGGUUGGCGCUCGAGUCGCCUGCCAGUCCCCUUACCAUGAUAUCUCUUCCAAGGGGAGAUGAGAAUAUGAGAUGAUUUAGGCUUAUUUUUAAGCACUCCUCUAUUGGACUGCAAAGCUUACCCUUGCUGUGGUGGUAUGUAAAUGAGUUAUGCACUUGUGUCGAGUCUGAGAAUAUAUUAUCACCAUCAAUCAUAUAUAUAGAAUAAGCAAGUGUGUACCGUGUCGAGUCGCUGAAACUAGCAAAAAAGGAAUGAAGAUUUAACUAUGAUUUGCUAAAUUUGCCUUCA